AACCAUUCUGAUGCUUAACAAAAUAGCUGUAUCGACUAUUUGGUCUGUUGAUGCUACUCAAGUCAUUAUCUGCCUGAUCUUGUUUCUUGAUGGGUAUUCUGUGUCCCUCCCUCCAAUGUCUUCUUUUAUCCAGCGUGCCUCUUCAUCUGUCUUUGUUUGUACUCUCAGUCCCCGCUAAUCCCUUGAUACUUAACGGCUGGUUGGUUCUCUUGUCUGUUCCUGAUGCUAGGGAAGGUUAGUUUAUCGUCUCAUUGAUCCUGUCCCAUCGACAGAGCCUUCGCACUUCAGUUCACGACAGUACAUUAGUCAGCUGUGGCGUUCGGAGAUUGAACUCUUCAGAGAAAGUGUUCUCUUCAUACAGUUGAAACUUGUGGCAUUGGAACUAUGACCUCCUAUGUGGAGUUGAAGACUGCUUGUUCAUUCUGCCAAAAGGAUUUACUUUAUCUUGGGAAACUGUACUGUCUGUGAGAGAAAAAAAGGGUUUUGCUGUGAAACCAAAUCCACAAUGUUACUUCCGUGAGUUUGCGACAUAAGUGAAUUCCGAACUAUUGAAUAACGUAAUCAAUAUGGACCUGGAGAAAGGUGUGGAACACAAAGGAGAGUUUGGGGCACAAAUUUCUCAGCUUGAAAGCUUGGUGGAGCAAAUGAAGGAAGGUUUCAUCCAGGCCAUGGAAGAACUUUCCCUCAUCCAAGAUGGCGACAGACUCCUCCAGAAGAAAGUGGACGACAACAAACAGGAAGCGGAUCAGAAGAUAGAGGAACUUGCUGAAUCAGUCCAUCAGAUUAGGGAGGACCUGAAGUCUGUCUUGACAGAAGUGCAGAAGAGCAACCAAGCUACGGAGAGACUGGCCGAGCAGUUUGAGAGAUUAAGACGGGAGCACGGACGCAUGCGACGGAGGCUGAAGCAAACAGAGCAGAACCUAGAAAACCAAAGGCAAAAUCAGCGCAGACCAAGCAUGUCACAGUCAGCCAAGUCUGACGGUGAUGCCAACAAGAACAGCAAUAACAUCAAGACAACGCCAGACAACGAUCUUCUGCGCCGUCGCAAGAGCACGCCCGGUGCGUACUUCAUCGGGAGAGAAGGACGUGAACGCAGGAGUGUCAUUCAGGAGAGUGAGACACCGAUGUCUCCUAUAAUGCAGUCCUUCAUGGAUUCCCUGCCAGACCCUAACGACUUGAACAACAACGUUGGGAGCACUGUUAAUUUUGACUCACCGGACGGAACCCCAAGCGGGCAGUUUGAGUUCUCGCCACAGCAAAACAAUGGCUCGACAAACUCCAGUGAAAAUGAUAGUGGGGAACGGGAACAGAGGAGAAAGUCAUUCAGUCCCAACAGAAGAGUUUCAUUCAGCAAUGUCGAUUGGAACCCUGACUCCAAUGAUAAGACCGAGGGUGAGAGGUUAAGGCUGGCUGAAGAAUUCCUCUUGUCGGAGAGGAAGUAUGUUGGUCAGCUCAACGCGCUCCUAGAAAACAUCAUGUUGCCGCUGGUCACCGAGUCGCUAAUCCACCCUUCUGAAAUCAAUAUCAUCUUUCCUGAAUGUCUGGCCAAGAUGUUUGACAGACAUUGCUGCCUGCUGUGUGCUCUAGAGACCAGACUGAGCGAUGCCAAAUGGCAGGGAAUGCACGGGGACAUCUUUGCCAAAUUUGCCGGAGUUGAAAGUGCUAAUUUCCUGUCUCAGUAUGGAUCCUACAUCAGUUCUUUUCCCGAGAGCUUGUCCUUGCUCUCUCAUCACACAAGGAAAUCAGCAAAGCUCACCAACUUUCUCAAGAAGCAGCUAGCUGACAUUGAGGACGAGCAAGUAGAUCUCCUUGGUUACCUCUUGGCUCCUAUUCAGAGAAUUCCCGCCUAUGUCCUUCAUCUUAAGGUACAGUUUUUGGUCAAGUUAUUUUCCCCAAACACAAGUUUUUUUCUGUGACCUUCAGAACUUUUUACCAGG